CCUGCCCGCGGUGGCCGGCUCCUCUGGCAGGGGGACUGCCGGGACAGGGCUGCCCCAGAUAGCACGGCGGGGCUGGGUGGGGGGCACAAGUGGGCACAGGGGAUGGAGCCAUGGAGAAGACAUCCCUGCACAACGACAGCCUGCUCUAUGCCUCCCUGAUUGCCAUCCUCCUCCUCAUCUCCUAUUGGUUCACCACUCGCUGCUUCAAAAUCAUCAGCGGCAUUGAAGGCAAUCCGCCAGUCCAAACUAAAAAAGCGCUGAAGCAGCGAUUCCUCAAACUGCUGCCCUGCUGCCGGCCCAAAUCCAUCCCCUCGCUCAGCGAAAACAGUGUUGAGGAUGAGUUUGAGCUCUCCACCGUUUGCCACCGCCCCGAGGGGCUGGAUCAGCUUCAGGAGCAGACCAAGUUCACCCGAAAAGAGCUGCAGGUCCUGUACCGAGGCUUCAAGAACGAGUGCCCGAGUGGCAUUGUCAAUGAAGAAAACUUCAAGCAGAUCUAUUCACAGUUCUUCCCUCAGGGAGACUCCAGCACGUACGCCAGCUUCCUCUUCAAUGCCUUUGACACCGACCAUGAUGGCUCUGUCAGCUUUGAGGACUUUGUGUCUGGGCUGUCCACCAUCCUGCGGGGCACCAUUGACGAUCGCCUGAACUGGGCCUUCAACCUCUAUGACCUGAACAAAGAUGGCUGCAUCACCAAAGAGGAAAUGCUGGACAUCAUGAAGUCCAUCUAUGACAUGAUGGGCAAAUAUACCUACCCGGCCAUGCGGGAGGAAGCACCCCGGGAGCAUGUGGAGAACUUCUUCCAGAAAAUGGACCGGAACAAGGACGGCGUGGUGACAAUUGAGGAGUUCCUGGAGUCCUGCCAGAAGGACGAGAACAUCAUGCGGUCCAUGCAGCUCUUCGACAGUGUGAUUUAGCUCCCGGACCUGCCUCCAGCCGAGCGCUCCUGACACUGGGCCCAGAACCUGCUUCUCUCUCUUGACUUUUCCUUUGAGCCUCCCCUCCACUGGCUGCACAGACACCCCACAGGAAGGGGCCUCCCUUUCCGGAGAUGCAGUCAGCGCUGAGAUCUUCCCUUUCCCCUGGGCUGGCUCUGCUUUCCUCAGGGGAUCCCAAGCAGGUGCUCCCAGACAUCGGAGCGUGGGCAUAGCUGGCACAGGAUGAGCAUUUCACCUGGAUGGACCUCCCUGCACCCAUUCCUGGUGCGGAAGCCGCAGCCUUGGGCUGCAAUAGAGGGUUUUCCCCAUGCACACCACCCUGUGCAGCCACAGCUCCCCUAACCCUGAUCCUCUCCAGCCCCAGGAGCCCCCAGUCCCGGCUCCAACCCAAAUCCUCCAGUGAUGCUGUCUAGAAACCAAUAAAGUCUUGCAAAGGGCCCCAGUGCCUUGGCUUCCUCCCCUGCCCUGGCUGUGCCCUGCCAUGGGGAGUGUGCCUGGCAUGUUUGGCUGUGAGCUGCUGGCCACCCUCCCUGUCCAGACACUGGGCCAGUGGGUGAGCAGAGGGACCGUGCCUGGAGAGGGCAGCCACAUGGGCACUUGGGGCUCAUUGCUGCAUGAACUAUGGGGAGCAUCCCCUGACCCCAAGGGUCCUGGUUAGACCUAGGAGGCUCAUCCUGACAAGGGGAGAGAGGAGACUAAAGGAACCCCGAGGUGACUUCUUGUGGCACAGGUCCCCCAGAAUGAAGGAUGCAGGGCUGGGAGGGCUGCAGCCUCAAACCUGUCCCUUGAGUUUGGAAUGCUGG